ACCGGCCUCACUUUCUCUCUUUCUCGCUCUCUUUCGAUUCCCGAUCAAGUCUCUAUUCUCGAUUUACGCUUAUGGACCUAAGUGAAGCGGUUCCGGCAAGUGGCCUCUGAUCCCCGUCCUCGUUGGUUGGUCCCCGCCUACCUUAUCCGCCCCUUGAUCCUCGACCUUCGGCUCGUCGUCAACAUGAUGAAGGCUCGCUUAGGCGGGUUGUUGUCGGUGCUCUGGGCCAUUCUCUUGAGUUUGCCCCUCAUGAACGGAGUGGAUCGAAGCAAAUUCCGCACGUGCGCUCAAAGCGCCUUUUGCGGGCGUGGCCGCAAUGCGGCUCAACUGGGCGCGUUCGCCCUGGAUCCGGAGACCCUGAAGGCCAGUGAUUCGCGGAUUCAAGCCGUGCUAUGGCAUACGGGUAGCCAGAUUCGAUUUCGAUUCGAGUUGCAAGCUUUGAUGGACGGCACGUUUCGGGUGGGACUCCGGGAGGCGUUCCCCUUGGUGCCUCGCUUCGAGGUGCCCAAUGUUUUGUUAGAUGAGACGCCUGAGGGCGUGGCUUGGACUCUGGAGGAGCAAUCUCCCGAGGGCUUCACGGCCAGCACGGCUAGCACGGGUCAUCGGGUGAAGAUUAGUCAUGCGCCUUUUCGAGUGGCGUUCUUCGCCGGCGAGAAGUUGCGGGUGACGUUGAAUGCGCGGGAUUUGUUGCAUUUCGAGGCCACGCGGGAGAAGCCGGUCCAAGCAGGGGAGGGACAAGAAGCCGCACCGGCCCAAGAACCCGGCAUGUGGGAAGAGUCGUUUGGCGGGAAUACCGAUUCCAAACCCCACGGUGCUCAAGCUGUGGGAUUAGAUUUCACCUUUCAUGGCUCCGAGGAUGUGUAUGGCGUGCCCGAGCAUGCGGAUAAGUUCAACUUACCCGAUACCGGCAGCACGGAUCCCAUUCGACUGUACAACUUGGAUGUGUUUGAGUAUGAGCUGGACAACCCCAUGGCUUUGUAUGCCGCGGUGCCCAUGGUGAUGUCGCAGACGGCCGAGAUUACCACGGGCGCGUUUUGGCUCAAUGCAGCUGAGACGUGGGUCGAUGUCAGCCGCAGCGGAUCCGGAGUGUUGGGUUCUUUGUCCAAUUUGGUCACACAGGGCGAGAAAUCGGUCAAUGUUCAUUUCUUGUCCGAAUCGGGAGUGCUGGACGCGUUCAUCUUCAUGGGACCACGUCCGCAUGAUGUAUCCCGACAAUAUGGUCAGCUCACCGGCAACACGCCUCUCCCACCCGCAUUUAGCUUGGCUUAUCAUCAAUGCCGAUGGAACUACAACGAUCAAGAGGACGUUAGAAUGGUCAGUGACAAGUUCGAUGAACACGAUAUUCCCAUGGAUAUCAUGUGGCUGGACAUCGAGCACACGGACGCCAAGAAGUAUUUCACUUGGGAUGGUCGGAAGUUCCCCAAUUCGCUGGAAAUGAUUCAAAAUCUCACGGCCGUAGGUCGAAAGCUCGUCACCAUCGUUGAUCCACACAUCAAGAAGGAUAACAACUACUGGGUGCACAAGGAGCUCACCGACUUGGGAUUGUACGUGAAAACGAAGGAAGGCAACGACUACGAAGGCUGGUGCUGGCCGGGGGCCUCUUAUUAUCCCGAUUUCUUGAACCCCGCCGCACGCGAGUAUUUCGCUCAACAAUACGUCUACGAUAAAUAUCAAGGCACGACCAAGGACGUAUUCACGUGGAACGACAUGAAUGAACCGAGCGUGUUUAAUGGCCCCGAAGUCACCAUGCCCAAAGAUUUGAUCCACCACGGCAACGUGGAGCAUCGAGAUCUCCAUAACAUGUACGGGCAUCUCUACGUCAUGGGAACCUUUGAUGGACACAUCCUUCGAAGUGAAGGCCAACAAAGACCGUUCAUCUUGACGCGAUCCGCCUUCGCCGGCAGCCAACGCUAUGCCGCCAUUUGGACUGGAGACAACACGGCUGAAUGGGGUCAUUUGGCCGCCUCAGUCCCCAUGUGUUUGUCUUUGAGUAUCGCCGGCAUUUCCUUCUGCGGGGCUGACGUGGGUGGGUUCUUUGGCAAUCCGGACGGAGAACUGUUUGUGCGUUGGUAUCAAGCCGCUUCUUUCCAGCCGUUCUUUCGAUCGCAUGCUCAUAUCGACACUAAGAGGCGUGAACCUUGGCUAUACAAUGAAUCAGAGUUGAAACUCAUCCGAAACGCCAUUCGUACCCGAUAUUCCUACCUACCCUUGUGGUACACCUUAUUCUACGAAAAUGAAAUGACCAGCAUCCCACCUAUGCGUCCUGUUUGGUACGAUUUCCCCACCGAUACCGAUGCGUUUACGGUCGAAGACGAGUUCAUGGUGGGCACUGCCUUGUUGGUCCACCCUGUGGCUAAAUCAGGGGCUAGCCACGUCAACGUUCACUUCCCUGGCCGAGAGCAGUAUUGGUAUGAUAUCUUGACCCACGAACGCAUUGAUCAUGAAGGUUCCAUGAAUAUCCCGGUGAAAAUGGACCAUAUCCCCGUUUACCAGCGCGGUGGCUCUAUCAUUCCAAAAAAAGAACGUAUUCGUCGCUCAUCGGCUCUCAUGCACGAUGAUCCCAUCACGUUGGUGGUGGCUGUGGAUAAAGACAAUACAGCAAAUGGCACACUCUAUAUUGACGAUGGGAUCUCGUACGAUUAUCGAGCGGCCAAGAAAAGCUUGUACAUGCAAUUUGUAUUCGACGGUCAGCGAUUGAGUGGACACCAACUUCAUACCCCUGGUUAUCAGACUGGAUCGUGGUUGGAGCGCGUCGUCUUUGUAGGUAUGGAGAAGGAGCCCAAGAGCGCCAAGCUGAUGUCGCCUACUGGGAAGGAAGAGGUCCUGGGCACCCAAUAUGAGGCCAGAAAGAAUCUGCUCACCGUUCGCAAACCCGGCGUGAACAUGGCAGAGGAUUGGGAGAUCGUGUUUCAGUACUGAAUGUGAUAGUGGAAAAUGCUAAUCCAGCAGCAAUUCGUUUGGCAUGUGAUCCUUAAGCCGUUUGCGUGCAUAUUAUUUACGUUCCAAAAGUGAACCCCAUGUUCCAUGUUCAACAUCCUAUUAGUUACUAUUAUUUUUUAUAACUUCUCUUGGAAGGAGUGUCUCACGAUUCAGCACCCCCACAAUUUGUUUAUUCAUGCAUCCUCAUGGCACUAAAUACAUGAAUGACUCAUUUCCUAGAA